GGCAGCGUGGACGGGAGAAAUGGAGGAGGUGAAGUUUGCCGGCGUCAGGGGAACGUUUGGGCGCUGGCACGGGGAGGGGAGAGGGUGGAUGACGGGGAGGGGGAGGUGACUGGGAAUUUUUAUUUUUAUUUUUUAACUUUUUUUUUAUUAAUAAAUUAAAUUAUUAUUUAAUGAAAUAAUGGGCCAACUUAAUGAAAUCCUAUCGGAUUCUUUUAAGUGGUAGCAAUAACUAUAAUUUUUGCAUUUGGAUGGGAGUAAGAUAAAAUAAAAAAUUAAAUAGGUAACAAAUGUCAAACAUGAUCAUUUAAGAGGUAGCAAAUGUCAAAAUAUCCCAACAGAAAACGAAAAUUUAAAAAGUAGAGAUUCGUCUCCAAACCACACCUGAUUACCUUAACCCAUUGAUCCAAAUUGUCAUCCGGCAUAAGUCCCGUCAGAAGCAACUGCCCAUCAUCGACGCUCACCGCCGCAACGCCGCAACGCCACCUCAAUCUUCAUCAGAUGGAGAAAAUGAACGACCUCAGCAACUUUCUUCCGCCACGAAUCUCAACUCUCCCAGACUUUCUGAUAUUAGAAGAAAUUCUGCCAAGACUCCCGGUAAAAUCCCUAAUUCGCUUCAAAUCUGUUUCAAAAUCCUGGCUUUCUUCAAUUUCUUCCCCUAAAUUUGCAAAAUUCCACCUCAAAUUCUCCUCUUCUCAUCCCCAAUUCCUCAUACUUACUGAAAACAAUCGUGAAUGGAAGAACGAAUUCUUCUUGUUAGAUUACAAUGAAAAUAAUUGCAAUGUGAAUGAAUUUGUCCAAUUGGAAUUUGAUAAUGGGUGUGAUGACCCGAUUACAUUUAUGGAUUUAGUGGGUUCUUGUCAUGGUUUGGUGUGUUUUUAUGUGCGGAAAGACCCUAAAUUCUUUUUUGUUUGGAAUCCUGCUACUCGUGGUUCUCGUAAAAUCAUGAUUCCUGUAGGUCACGAUAAGGCUAUGCAUUAUGGAUGUGAGUUUUAUUAUGAUCCAUUACAUGAUGAUUACAAGAUUUUCGGCUCGUUUUCGUCUCCUGGAGAUUUCUAUGUUCAUUUUCAUGUGUUUUCUUUGAGUUCUGGGACAUGGAAAAGAAUUAGUAAUUUGGAUAAGCAUUUCCAAUUGAUUGUGCUUGGGAACACACUUUUAGUCGAUGAUACUAUAUACUUUUGCUCUUUUAUAAACAAUCAUAUUGUUGGGUUUGAUUUGGUUCAUGAGGAAAUAAAGGAAUUGCCAUCAAUGAAUUGGCUGAGUCGGUAUUAUAGGGUGCGUUUAUUGCGCUUGAGAGGUUGCUUGUCGUUGCUUUGUUACACCUCGGAUGAUCUUCUUGAUGUUUGGAUAUUGAACAAUCCUAGUGACUGGAAUUCUUGGCAGAAAUUGUUCUCUUUCAAUUGUGUAAAUGUUAUGUAUCACGGUUUCUCUGAGACGGGCAAGUGUUUGGUACACCAUGGGGGACAGCUCAAGGUUGUCGAUCCAAGUUGUGAAACGCUACAGUUUUCUCGAGAAGGUAUUAAUCUUAAUGACGACUGCAUAGUUCAAUCAAAGGAUUAUAUUGAGAGUCUGGUUUCGCCUUUCUGAGAGUCAACUGCUCAACUCAGUCAAGCUUGAUGAGGAUAAAGAAAAUGAGGGAGUGAGGAAUCUGAGUAUGAUGGGAUUGAUGGCUGUAUGCGUUCAUUCUGGUGCAACGAUUUUUUACUGUUAUGGCUUGAAGUUAGGGAUGCCCUCAAGGUGCACAACACUGCAACAUACAGGAGAGCUUAAAGAUUUUUAAUGUUCGCAGACCCCUGAUCUCCCUUGUUUGGCUACUAAGUGCAACGGUUUUUUACUGUUACGGCUUGAAGUUUGGGAUGCCCUUAAGGUGCAGGUCUGCUAAUGCUGAAAGUGUAAGAUUGAUGGGUGUGUUAAAAGAUUAAUUAUGACUUAUUUGAAGAUUAGUGAGGUGGAUUAUGGCUGUAUUCUAUUAACCUAAUUUUCAUUUAUCUAAACAUAUUUUAGUUGUAAUUUGAACUUGGGGUUCCUUUAUCAGAACUUAAUUUUCGUGAACUAAGGUGAAAACAAAAGGGUCUAAAUGACUAUUUUAAUUGCCAAAAAAAAAAAAAAAAAAGCUAAAAUGUAUAAAGUUUAAUAAUUUUGAUACAAAUAAUUUUUGUUAACUAGUAAUUCUGAACAAUAAAUAUACUCAUGUGCUUUUAGCUACUUUACAUACUCGAAUAACACACAUAGUACAAAUCAGCAAAGUUGAGUAUAUAAACGUAAAGGAAAUCACACUAACAAGAUACAUCCUAGCAAUAUCAAAACUUACCUAGAAACUUCCUUAGUUCAUCAUACAAAUCAACAAUUUCACAACUAAAGGC